AUGUCUACCACAACAGGCGGCACGCUGACGGCCCCGACUGUCAUGACAACGACAGCCUCCGCACUGCCGCAGAUCAACGCAUCGGAUUUCUCGCGUGACAAACUCAGGACUUGGUUCAUACAGCUGGAGGCCCAAUUCGACAAUUCCGGAAUUGUAACAGAAACAGAUAAGUUUUACCGAACAUUACCAUUGAUUGAUACAGAAUCAGCUGCUGAAGUAGACGAUGUAGUUAUUACCUCUGAUCAAGUCGCACCUUUCCAAGCUCUCAGAAACGCUCUGAUUGCUCGAUUUACAAAGUCAAAGGAAGCAAAUCUUAUCCAAUUACUUGAUCGGGAGUCGAUUGGAAAUCGAUUACCCUCCCAAUAUCUAAGGCAUUUGAAAAGUUUAGUUCCAGAUAUCGAUGAUGAAGUCUUGAGGGCACGCUGGCUAUCUCAUCUUCCGGAGAGCACCCGAGCAUGUCUGGUGAUCCAGCCCCAGGGAAACACCAAUGACCUAGCAAAGCUGGUAGAAAAGAUCCACGAGGUCUAUCAUCCGGAUACUGUUGUGGCGGUAACAAAGUCGAGUGCAAGGGAAAACGCACAGCUGGCAGCUCAGGUGGCAGCACUCACCGCGUCUGUCGCAGCCCUGCAAGCACAGAACUCGCGCUCACAUUCACGCUCACAUGCCUGCUCGCGAUCCCGCGGGCGAGACAACAACAACCGCCCGCAUAGCAGGUCGAACACCAAGGUCUUCGGACAAACGCAGAUCUACUGGUAUCAUUUUAAAUUUGGUAAUCGAGCGCCUAACUGUUCGCCCGGUUUGGACACAGGCUCAGACGUCUCUGUCACGCUGUGCAGGCGGCCAGCAAACCAAAGGGAUACCAGCGGAUAUCAAAUCUUCGCAGCCAACGGCACCCUCAUCGACACGUACGGCUACACGUCCAUCUCGCUCGAUCUCGGUCUCCGCAGAGACUUAACGUGGCGUUUCGUCGAGGCAGACGUCAGCAGACCCAUCAUUGGUGCUGAUUUCCUGCACAUUUCAACGUCAUUUUCCUUGGACACACGAUCAACGCCCAGGGAAUUAAGCCUCCCAGAGAUCGAGUCAAGGGGAUUCUCGAAUUCACGAGGCCUACUACAGUAA